CUUAUCAGUUAUCAUGUGCGAAAAAAUUAUACUUUCGAUUGUUGAUUCUUCCUCCUUUUUUUAUUUUUUGUUUUGAAGAUAAAGUAUGUCGUAAUAUGAUACAAAUCAAAGUGAAAAUGUGGCUUAUUGUUUUUUUGUAUGUUUCGCCUCACAUUGUACUAAAUUAUGCGUUAAUUAAUAAUCCGGAAUUGUUAUCAUCGUAUGCUUUCAAAGACAAAUAUAUUAAAUUUUUAAGAGACACUAAUACUGAUUUAGAUGAUAAUUGUCCCGGAUUCAAUUGUAAUUCAUCGGGGUUGAGUUCGGUGCAGAUCAACGAUAUAAUACAAAAGGAAAAUAAUUUGAGAAAUUCCUACGCCGAAGAAAGAAACAUUACUAAUCUAUAUUCUGUGAACUGGGAUACACAUUUGGCAGCACAUGCUCAAGAACGAGUUCAUUUGGGUUGUGUUUUACCAGGGACUGGAAAUAAAGUGAUUUACGAACGUGUAACAAACCAAUGGUAUCCCAAGAAUUACACCCUAUGGAAUGGACAAUCCAAUCAUUCAUUGGAAGAUUACCCAACUGCAGUAGAAGUGGUGAUUGGAUCUAGAUCAUUUCCUCUCAAAGAACAAGUCGAUUUACAACAUACGAUCUCAGAAUUCAUCGAGACAUUCAAUAAAAUUGAUAAUAUCUCAAAUCCAUUGGAACGAAGGGGUGGAACAGUCCAUAUGGGAUGUUCGUAUUUAGUGACUGCAAACACAAGUCAUAACACCGACUAUAUGGUAUGCCUUUAUGGAUUUCUUUACUUCGAUCCUGAUACUGCUGCAAAUAAGUACAAGAGUGAAAUUGGUACGCCUUGUUCGAAGUGCGAGUUUUAUAAAGUUAUUGAAGAAAUACCAGAAACACACGGACAGCAAUGGAAAUGUGACAGACGUUACCCUUUCACGUGUAAUAAUUUAUCAAAACGAGGCACAUACGACACUAUAAUGAAUCCGAAUCGUUUCGAUUGCCACCGAAAAAUUCACAGCAAAUUGAAGAAACCUUUAUACCUACCAUCUCAGGAAGGAUUAUCUCCUAUGAAUAUUUCAAGACCAAUUGAAUACAUUAGGGUUAGUGAAUCUGGUACAGGAAAACGAACCCCUACAAUUGGUGGUUUUUUCACAUUGCUGUGUACCAUUUUACUGAUCUUUUUACUUUAACAACUCUAAACAUACUCGUAGGUAAUUAACAUUGAGCGAUGAAAUAGGAUGAGUAGGUACCUAUCAUAUUUUGAUAAUUUUUUUGUGAGUGUAUGAUGAUUAUUUUAAUGCAGGUAAAAGAACAAUAUUCAUUUGUCAUUGCGUCAUGUAAAGUAUUCAGUAUCUGUUGAAUAUCAUACCUAGAUUUUAACUUGUAAUUUUAAAAUUCGUCAAUGUUUUCUAUUAAGUUGUCAAAAAAUAAAAAUCAUUGUUUAUUUACCAGAUUUAAAUUUCUUAUUCGCCAUUUGCAACAGGUAAAUACCGACGUAUCAAAUUAGUUUUCCAAUAUUAUAUGUACCUAUAAUGCAGGUUACUACAUUUUUGAAAUUCACUUAAUUGAAUCUCCGACCUCUUCAAUCUGUUUUUAAAUCUGGAAAAAAUCCAGAAACAGCUGAACUGAAAGUGGUACAAAUAAACUCGAAAUAUAAUAAAAAGGUAUUUUGGAAUAGUCUCCCGAUAAUCU